UUUCCAAAUGAGGAAACGAACUGUGCGGAGCCAAGUUGGGACUUUUUGCGCGCUCUCACAUUUGUUGAGUGACUUGCGCCCUCGGUUAAAAAAAGAGCCGCUUCCCAAAUACCAGCGAAGUGGUGCGUUCUUGGAAAGUUGUGCUGACUCCGUGGAGUCAUCUCUGUCUGGUGCCGGACUCCUCUCAGGAAUGCAGCGGGACGCGUGAGGAGCCCCACGCAGGACGACGCACGGCUCGCGCGCGCGCUAUCGAGUCAAUUACUCCGAUCGUUCUUUUGCAGUGAGUUCAUGAAGCGCGUGUCCAAGAAGCGGCUCUAAAAGUAAUGACAGCGCCCUUAAAGGACUGACCGAAAGCUUCAGUGCGACUCCGCCAGCGUCAUGGGCUGCAGCAAAGUGCUGUGGGGGGCGGCGGGGGCGGCUGUCGUCAUCAUGUUAAUAACCAUCCCAGCGGUUUAUUUCAGCAAGCCCGGUGUCGACACGCGGCCGUUCACCUUUGACGACUACUUCAAUGACACCAUCCGAUGGAAGGCCUACAAUUUGCACUGGAUUUCAGAUAAGGAGUAUCUGCAUAAAACUAAAGAUGGGGACGUCUUUCUGCACAAUGCUGAAACCAAAGAGGAGUCGCUGUAUCUGAGCAACUCAACCUUUGCCCAAGUGGACGCCACUGAUUAUUGGCUGUCAGGUGAUUAUAAAUUCAUCGCUUUUGAAAGCAAUUACACAAAGAAAUGGAGACAUUCAUUCACAGCGUCAUACUCCAUCUACGAUAGGGAGCGUUCAACAUUUCUCACACCUGUGACUCUUCCAGCUGUUGUACAGUACUUUGCCUGGGCCCCGACCGGAAACAAAUAUGCCUACGUCUCAGACUUCAACCUCUUCCUAAAAGCCAACGUCAGCGCCGACGCCGUGCAGGUGACGCACGACGGCAAAAAGAACGAGAUCCUCAACGGCGUCCCCGACUGGGUGUACGAGGAGGAGGUGUUCGCGUCCAACGGGGCGCUGUGGUGGUCCAAGACGGGCCGGUUCCUGGCGUACGCCCAGUUUAACGACACGGACGUCCGCAAGGUGGAGUUCACCUGGUUCGGAGCUGGGCAGUACCCCGAGACGGUGGCCGUGCCGUACCCCAAGGUUUGCCAACGUCAUUCAAUGAUUAUUGAUGUACUGUAUGACCAGUCAUCAGUACCGCAUGUGCCGCAGGCCGGAUCGACCCUCACCAAGGUCCAGCUGUUCGUGGUCGACACCACGGAUCCGUCCCAGCGCACACAGGUGCUUCCCCCUGCGUCUGUGGCCUCUGGCGAUCACAUUCUGUGCUCGGUGACCUGGGCCACGGACCAGCGCGUCGCCGUGCAGUGGCUCGCGAGGGCGCAGAACUACGUGAUCGUCCAGGUCUACGACUUCGACGGAAGCCGCUGGAGGGAGAAGCAGAGCUUUGAACAACGCAGCAGGACGGGCUGGGUGGGACACUACGUGCCUCUGCCGCUCUUCUUUGCUGAGGAUACUCUCAGUUUCUACAAAGUCAUGAGUGACACCCAGGGCUACAAACACAUCCAUCACGUCAAAGACGGCAAAGCGACGCCUGUCACGUCGGGGAGGUGGGAGGUCACCUACAUAGUCAAACUAACCCCAGACGCCAUAUAUUUUUCGAGCAACGAGUACGAGGGAGUGCCUGUGAGAAGAAAUCUAUACAAGGUAAUGAUCGGAAGCAGCCCCUCGGCCCCUCGCUGCCUCACCUGUGACCUGCACCACGACAGGUGUCAGUACAACUAUGCCUACUUCAGCUACUCUGCCUCCUACUUCCUGUUGAAAUGCUACGGACCUGGAUUGCCGCUCUUCUCACUCAUAGACAACAGGAGCCCGAGUGCAGAGCUCGCAGUCCUGGAGGACAACAGGGCACUGGAAGAUAUUCUGUCACAGUUCCAGAUGCCCAAAAUGCAGCGCGGAACACUGAGAGUUGCAGGAUUUGAUCUUUGGUAUCAAAUGAUGUUACCGCCAAACUUCAAGAAGUCUAAAAAGUACCCGCUUCUCAUUGACGUGUACGGCGGCCCCUGCAGUCAGAGGGUGGACUAUCGCUUCAAGCUGAACUGGGCCACGUACCUCUCCAGCUCACACGGGAUUAUCGUCGCCAGCUUCGAUGGGAGGGGAAGCGGUUACCAAGGCGACCAGAUACUGCACUCCGUCUACAGGCGCCUUGGAACUUUUGAAGUGGAAGACCAGAUAACGGCCGUGAGAAAAUUUAUUGACAUGGGUUUUAUUGACAAGGACAGAAUAGCAAUAUGGGGUUGGUCAUAUGGUGGGUACGUGUCCUCAAUGGCCUUGAGUGCAGGCACUGGUCUCUUCAAGUGUGGAAUAGCAGUAGCCCCAGUAGCAAAGUGGGAAUAUUAUGAUGCAGUGUACACCGAGCGCUACAUGGGCCGGCCCUCGGAGAACGCAGACUCCUACAAAAACUCCUCGGUGACGGCCAGAGCGAAGAACUUCGCGGGCGUGAAGUACCUCCUGGUCCACGGCACCGCGGACGACAAUGUCCAUUUCCAGCAGGCAGCACAGAUCUCCAAAGCGCUGGUGGACGAGAAAGUGGACUUCGAGGCCAUGUGGUACACGGACAGGGACCACGCUCUGGCUGGAUCGGCCACACGCCACCUGUACACGCUCAUGAGCCACUUUCUGCAGAAAUGCCUUGUUAGCGCCAAAGAGACGUGAAUAACGUGGCAGCAUUCGUACUGAGCAUCACCACUUGUGUGUUAUAAUCCGAAACCUAUUCUGAAGCCAUUAGACAAAUUUUCAGUGUAUAAUGAAUUACCUGUUCAAAUCAGGAUUUUAUGUGAAGAAAUGUGACAUUUAUUGUGAUUAUUGCUAAAAGCCACUGCAUGCAGCGAUGACUGAAAACAUCUUGUGUACUGUAAAUAUAAUAAUGCAUUAAAAUCUAAACUGAUGAUUUCACGUGUUGCAGUUCUGCCCUGAUGACAAUCAAAUAAACCGUGUAAAAAAGUAA